GAAAGAUUACCAACCAUGGAAAUGUAAGUUUAUGAUUGAUUUUUAUAGGUUAUCUAACCUAGGAAAUGUUUUGUAUUUAAAAUGUCCACUGCGAGGAUUUUAUUGAAAAACGCCUUAGAAGCCAACUAUUUACGGGUAACCCCCAACGUAAACAAUUUAAUAUCAAGAAAUUAUGCGUUCAAAAGUGAUUUGAAAAUCAAAUGGAAUCGCCCUGAGAAAAUCCCAUGCUACAAACCCGAAAAGUCCGGAGAUUUGGGUGUAGUAACGAAGAUAGAUCAAACUGGGUACAAAUUGGAGUUCCGCAACUCAAAAGAAUUGGAAACGGCGGACGAGUACGUUAAAAGAUUGUUGACUUUGGAGUUUGCACCCAAAAGGGAGACCAACAAGUUGUACAGACAUGAAUUAAUGCAGACUGUUAAAAGACAUGAAUUGGACAUUGGUUCCAUUGAAGUGAAGAUUGCCAAAUGGACUGGCAUUAUUAGGGCAUGGCAAGAGACCAUGGAAAGGUUUCCCAGGAAUAAAAAACUUAAGGUUCAGUUGAAAGAACUAAUUGAUAAACGUAAGAAGCAUUUGAAAUACUUGAGGAGAUGGGAUUAUAAGAAGUUUGAGUGGUUGCUUGAGAAACUCAAUAUUGUUUAUAAAGCUCCACCCAAUGAAUACCACUGGAUUACUAGGAAAGACUCACUUACAAAACUUACCAAUAUUUAUUGUGAAAAUAUCAAAAAUGAUAAACUAAAUGAAUAUAGGUACAUUUUAGAACAGGAACAACCAGCAUUUUUGGAAGAGAAAAUCCGUACUCUCCAAUUUAUCAGGAAUGAACAAAGGGAUUGUGGUGUUGAAGUUACUGUAUCACAAGAAGAGAUUGAUGCUGUUAAGCAGCAACUGUCUGAUUUGGUAAAUAGCAGGAAAAAUGUAGAAGAAUAAUGAAAAAUAGAUUUUGUGUUAAAUGUUAUUGAAAAUUUAAUAUCUGUUAAAAUUUAUUAACAAUAAAACUAAUUUAUA